GUCACCAUCGACGAGAAGGCAGAUCUCGCGAUGGAGGAAGGAGAGGUCAGUUGGGGGUCACGCAAGGUUGAGAUGCCUAACUUGCCCAAGCCUCUGACACUGGAGGAGAAAAAGUUUCUCCUAGCUGUGGAGCGAGGUGACUGCCAAACCACGCGAAAGAUGUUACAGAAGGCUCAUAGGCACUCUAACUACAUGAACAUGAAUUGCGUAGACCCUCUUGGGCGAGGCGCUCUCCACAUGGCCAUCUCCAACGAGAACCUGGAGAUGGUGGAGAUGUUGGUGGUGAUGGGGGUAGAGACGAGGGAUGCUCUACUCCACGCCAUCGACUCCGAGUUCGUGGAGGCUGUGGAAGUCCUGCUGGAGCACGAGGAGGUCAUCCACAAGGAUGGCGAGCCCUACUCUUGGGAAAAGGCAGACCGCAACACGUCCGCCUUCACGCCCGAGAUUACGCCUCUCAUCUUGGCCGCCCAUCGUGAUAACUAUGAGAUCCUGAAAAUCCUUCUGGAUCGGGGAGCUAUGUUGCCCAUGCCCCAUGACAUUAGGUGCGGCUGCCCCGACUGUAUCAAGACCUCCUCCGAGGACUCCCUCCGCCACUCCCGCUCUCGCAUCAACGCCUACCGCGCCCUCGCCUCUCCCUCCCUCAUCGCCUUGUCCUCCACCGACCCUAUCCUCACGGCCUUCGAGCUCUCCUGGGAACUGAAGAACUUGGCCAACACCGAGCACGAGUUCAGGGCUGAGUACACGUUCGUGGCUCACCCCAAUAUCCAACAACUGCUGGCCGCUCUCUGGUACGAAGGUCUCCCAGGCUUCAGGAGGAAAGCCCUCAUUGAGAAGUGUCUGGAGAUUUUCAAGGUCGUGGCUCUGUUUCCCCUGUACUGUGUUCUUUACAUCCUGACCCCGAAUAGCCCUACUGGAGCACUUAUCCGAACACCGUUUAUGAAGUUCCUUAUCCACUCUGCCUCCUAUCUCUUCUUCUUGCUCAUGUUGAUCUUGGUAUCGGUCCGCUUCGAAAACUUGGUGAUAUGGCUCUUCGGAACUGAGAAUAUGAGACGAAACUUAGAGGAGGCGAUGCGGAAACAGCGUGGAAACCUCCCGACGCCGACCGAGUGUCUUGUGGUACUGUGGGUUUUCGGCUUCAUCUGGGAAGAGAUCAAGGAGAUCUACCGCCACGGCCUGAGGAAGUACCUACGUAACAUGUGGAACAUCUUGGACAUCAUGCGAGAUACCCUUUACAUCUGCACGCUGUUCCUCAGGAUCUUGGCUUACAUUCAGCAGUGGCAGGAGAUCGUUCGCAAUCCUAAUGUGGCUUACAUCCCCCGCGAGGAAUGGAACAGCUUCGACCCACAGCUCAUCUCCGAGGGCCUCUUCGCCGCCGCCAACAUCCUCUCCGCCCUCAAACUGGUCCACAUCUUCAGCAUCAACCCUUACCUCGGACCCCUGCAGAUCUCUCUCGGUCGAAUGGUCAUCGAUAUCGUCAAGUUCUUCUUCAUCUACACUUUGGUGCUCUUCGCCUUUGCUUGCGACCGGCCCGAGGAACCGACACCUGCGCUCAAGAUUGCUUACUGA